CGAAAUUGUAAUUUUUUGUCCAUUUCAUGGCCCUCUUUGAAACUGAAGCACUUCCUUCGCUUGAAUACAGUAUUUGAGAAUUGAGUUUUUUUUAACAUCAAAAUUACACAUGAUGGAACGCAAACAGAAUCAAACUCCACAAGGCCAAACAGCACGAGUUUUGGUUGAAUUUUUGGAGGUGGCUAUUACUUGUGUUGUUUUUCUCAAAGGGGUUUAUCCUUCAGGUGCCUUUGAGAGGAGAAGGUAUAUGAAUGUGGUGGUUCAAAGGGCUUUGCAUCCUCAGCUUAGAUAUUACAUACAUGCUACUGUUUCAGGGCUUCUUCCAUUUUUACAGAAGGGAAUGGUGGAAAGAGUAGCUGUUAUUUUCUUCAAUGCUGACAAUGUUCCACUGGAGAAAUUUGUAUUCAAGCUUGCAAUGAAUCAGUCUUAUGGUUCAGCGGUGGAAGAGUUUGGUCUUGAGUCCUCUCUCAGAUCAUUCCUGGUCAAGCUGUCAAUCUCAGAAUCUCUUACUAAGAAGCUUCCUCCCGGUAAAAGUUGCAGUUGGGAGAUUACUGCUUAUUUUCGAUCCCUUCCUGAGACUGGUACAAGCAAAGAAGCAGACUUGUGGACCUCAACUGACACAAAGCAGUGGCAGCAGCCUCCACUUAUAACCCCUAUCAAGUCAAUGAGUAGUGAACCUCUGUGUUUGCAAUUGUACUUGGAGCAUCCAAGUUUAUCGGAAACGAUGCAUUGAGAAGGAACUCAAAGUUGUAGUACAUAUAUAAACAUGUAUGGUAAGAAAGCCGAACCAUUUUUUAUUAGAAUUUCAUAUCUGAAUGUUUUUUUAUUUCAAUGUUUUUUCUUCAUUACAUAAUCAGCAAAAAUAGGUAUACAUGU